AUGCCAAUUUCAUCACUCAGUCUAUCUACAAAAGUAGAUAUUUGUCAGUUCUUUUCUUGCGCUCGAAUAGGUGCGAUGAACAAAGCGGUCGGGAUCGAAGUACGACCACAACUAGCUAACUUCAGUUGGAUUAUAACGAUGAGUGGAGUUGACGAGGGCCCCCAUCGGUCCCAACCACUCGCUCAACCGCCUACGCAAGUGCAACGAGGUCCAAGUUGCCUCAAUCCAACUAGAGCACCUACCGUAAGCAAUGUUCUUCGAAAGCGAUGUGCUCGCGAUAAAGAAAGCCAUCGAUUCGGCCAUCCAUGA